CCUUUUCUAUCAUCCCUCUGAUCUUGUAAGCUUCAAUUAUAGUGACUCUGAGGACUGUCAACUUCUCCUAGGGCAGAUUACCCCCCAGUGCGCCAAACGCCAUAGCUCACUCGUUAAGCUACGGAAUCGAGUGAUUCAACUUUCAGUUGAAAGCUGACGCUGCCAGCUACAACAUAUCCGAUUUUCAGAUCGUUUCACCGAUUGGAGUUUUUGAUAUAGCUAUUCGAAGGUCGCGAGUUUUCUGGGCGUCAUAACGAAGUGCUGCAGAAAUUUCCAAGGAGCCAUUGAAUCAUCUGCUUAUAGCCUUCUCUCACAAACAAGUGGUAUCAGAGCCUAUUAUCACGCAUUUGGGACCUAAAAUACGAUGGGAGAUAAAGAGGACUCUGGUGGAGGUGAUACUUCAGUCCAAGGAGGCAGCUCAAUCCAAGAUUCUGGCAUUGCAGCGCAAAGGGGAGCGCGUACAAGCCAGGGGUCACUGCUUAAGGAGGUGCUGAAGAACUUCACCAUUGAGAAGUUCUCUGGAGAUGGCUAUGAUGAUUGGGCAUGGAAGAUGCAGCUCUACUUUCGACAAAUUGGCCUCUUGAAGCUCAUGAUUGGAACGGAGCCAAGGCCACAGGAAAUGGCAGAGCAAGCGGACUGGGAUGAACGUUCAUCUGCUGGAUAUUAUCUACUGUCACAAAGCUUGGAGCUGAACCAGAGGCAUCACAUCAUGCAUCUGCUACCGGAAAUUGAUUGUGGGCCCAAGGCAUGGGCAGUGCUCAAGGACCUGCACGCUCCGACAUCGGUUGCCGCUUCUCUCAUGCUGGAUCGGGAGCUGUCCAUGCUGCGGUUGAGCGAGAAUGAACCUGUGCAGCCCGUACUGGACAAGAUGAGGGAACUCUACGCGAAAUUGGCGAUUGCUGGCAUCACGUACCCAGAGCAGACAAAGUGUCUCAAGAUGCUCAGCCUGCUGCCGGAGUCUUGGCUGCAAUUUAUAAGCGGACUCAGCUUGCCACAAAACCAAAGUCAAUGGACAUUGGAGUGGAUUCGCACCAAGAUUCUGGAAGAAGAUUUUCGUCGCUAUACACUGCGCGGAGGUGAUGACAGCACCAGCGGCUAUGCCAUGCAAGGGACAUGGAGGGAUCGAGGGCGUGGCAAUCGCGGUCGCUCUUACCACAGCCAAGGUGGUCGCGGGACUUGGAACCAGCGGGGGCGUGGUGGCGCUGGUGCAAGAGGAAGAGGUGGUCACUCCAACAAUGACAACAGUGAACCACGCUUGAGGGGAGAGUGCUGGUAUUGCAAGGAAGAAGGGCAUCCAUGGUUUCGCUGCCCUACCAAGCCCGACUGGUGGACCCCUUGGAACCAAUCGCAGAAGGGGAAUGGAGGAAAGCAACCACAUGGAGGUGCCAACAUGGUAGCUGAUCCUGCUGAAGAAACCUCCAAGGAUGACAGAGGAAUGGGAAAUGAGGAGAGGAAUGCUGGACAGUUCUACCAUGUGUGUGACAAAGAUGACAGUGGCACAGCUGUUGCAAGGGCUGGAGAGGAAUUGCACCCGCUUGACAUGUGGGUCAUGGACUCUGGUGCUGCAUGGACAAUGACACCACGCAAGGACUUGCUGGAUGCUGUGCGAGCGCCUCCUAUCUCUGAAGUGCGCUCAGCAUCCGGACAUGCAGUGAAGGUCGCUGGAGUUGGUCGAGCUGCAUUCAGAGCACCUGAUGGUGGACUGGUUGUGCUGAAGGACGUGUUACUCGUACCGGGGCUGAAGGCCAAUCUGAUAUCGCUGCGCAAGCUAGGCCAGGCCGGAGUCAGCACCACCACCAAUGGAUCCAAAACAUUCAAGGGGCUGCGAGGAGAUCGUGUGUUAUGGGAUUUACACGAAAGCAGAGAUGUCUUCAGAUCCAUGUGGCAGAUCCCUGCACUGAUAUGGGAAUCAACAAAGAAGGAGUUGGGAGAAGUAAAGGCGGGAUCUGGAGUCCAGGGGGAGUGUAAUGCAGUUAGUGCUGCAGGAGUGACGGUUUCUGCAAGGUCGGGGGAGACUGAUUGGGAAACCGCACACAGGCGUCUAGGGCAUGUGGCUAUGCCAUUGCUGCAGCAACUGCAUAAGGAAGAAGCAGUAAAGGGGCUCAAGCUUUCUGGGCAACCAAAUGAUACCAAGUGCGAGACGUGUCUGCUGAGCAAGUUCACACGGUUCCCCUUUCACGACGUAGCUGGGAAAAGCAAGGCAGCACUGGAACUGGUGCACAUGGACCUGGUAGGACCUUUUCCAGUCCGAGGAAGUAAGGGGGAAAGGUACUUCCUGACAAUAGUUGAUGACUGGAGUCGGCUGAUGUGGGCAUACCCGUUGAAGCAGAAGGAUCAUGCUGCCUCAACAAUACGAGAUGAUUGGCUGCCGUUCGUCGAGCGACAAUCUGGGCACUCAUGCAAAAGCAUCAGAACCGACCGAGGUGGAGAGUUUCUAGGAGGAGAUCUGACUGCAUGGCUCAAGAAACAAGGCAUUGAGCAUCAACUAACGACGUCCUAUACCCCUCAGUCAAAUGGCGUUGCUGAGAGGGCUAAUAGGACCAUCCUGGAAACUGCGCGAGCGCUGCUGAUCGAAUCAGGGCUGGGGAACUCCAUGUGGCCUCAUGCGGUGAGCAUGCUACAGUGGCAAGGAACCGCGUACUCACAAAGGUGGCUGAUGAUAUGUGGGUGCCGCUGGAGAGGUGGCUUGGAAAGAAGCCUCCAGUGGACAUGCUUCGAGUGUUCGGAUGCAUGGCAGUGGCGCAUGUCCCUAAACCGUACAGGACAAAGCUUGGAGCAUCUGCACUUUGGUGUGUGCACCUUGGGCUUGCGGCAGAGAGCAAGGGGUGGCUACUCUGGGAGCCCUCAAAGAAUGUGCUGUUUGACAGUCGGGAUGUCAAAUUUGUGGAGAACAUCAUGUAUGGCAAGUGGGAGAAGCAGCCGGAGGCAAGGGUCACCCAGCAGCUGGAAGAGAUCACUAUGCACUUCGAUCUGUCCGAACCUGAGGACAGCGAAGUCACUGCGCCAACGGCAAGCGGUACUGAUGAAGGAAGCAAUGAGGAUAUUGCAACUGAUGCUGAAGUCAAGGAUCCGGAGCAGCAGCAGCAAGAGGCUUCCAAAACACGAAGUCUGCCAAAGCGAAGGAAACAGAUUGGUGGGGGGACAAAGGAUUGGGUGAAGGUGAAAGAAUGGGUAAGUCCAACCAUCUACCCUGCACGUACCAGAAUGGCAACGAGAAAGCUGCUGAGCUCCACAAGUGGAGGAGCCACAACUGAGCAGCAGGAACAGGCUCAAGGCGAAGAUGCGGUGCUGUUAUUGGGUGAUGACCAAGAGUCAGAUGACGAGGAGCCUGCAUACUGCUUUUACGCACCAAUACAACCUCCGAGCAUGGAUCAUGCGCUAGCCGGGCCUCAACGGGGGAAGUGGCUCGUUUCAAGAGAUGCAGAGUACAACAGCCAGAUGGAGAAUCACACAUG